AUGCCCGACCAACCACGACAACUCCACCUAACAGCCUUCAUGCGCCCAGUCUCUCUCCAUACCGGAGCGUGGCGCUACCCAAACUCCUACCCAGACGCCAACUUUAACUUCACCCACAUAACCCACUUCGCGCAGAAACUUGAAGCAGCGAAAUUCGACGCCUUCUUCAUGGCCGACCACCUAGCCGUACUAAACAUGCCCAUCGAAGCCCUGAAACGCAGCCACACGGUCACCUCAUUCGAACCAUUCACUCUUCUCUCUGCCCUCUCCACCGUGACGUCGAAAAUCGGCCUCGCCGCAACAGCCAGUACAACAUACGACCUCCCAUACCACGUCGCACGCCGGUUCGCAAGCCUAGACCAUCUAAGCAACGGUCGCGCAGCUUGGAAUAUAGUGACAACGGGGAACCCGGAGUCGAGUCAUAAUUUUGGAUUCGACGAGCAUAUGGCUCAUGGCGAUCGAUAUAAACGCGCGCGGGAAUUCUACGAUAUUGUCACUGGGUUAUGGGAUAGUUUUGCCGACGACGCAUUUACACGAGACGUCGAGAGUGGUGAAUUCUUUGAACCGAAUAAAAUGCACCGCUUGGAUCAUGAGGGUGAUGAGUUCAAGGUUCGGGGGCCGUUGAAUAUCGCCCGGCCGCCACAGGGGUGGCCUGUUAUCGUGCAGGCUGGACAGAGUGAGGCGGGACGACAACUUGCUGCUGAAACUGCUGAGGUUGUUUUCUGCAGUCCGAAGGAUAUUGAGAGUGCUAAGGUGCUUUAUGCUGAUAUAAAAGGGAGGGUUGUGAAGGCGGGACGAAGGAGGGAGGAUUUGAAGAUUUUGCCUGCAGCUAUGAUCAUUGUUGGGGAGAGUAAGGAGGAUGCGCAGGAAAAGAGGCUACUUUUGGAUUCAUUGGUGCAUUAUGAUAGUUCUAUUGCGUCUUUAUCUGUUGCGCUGGGGGUUGAUGUUGGCGGACUUGAUCCGGACGGGCCGUUGCCUGAGGACCUGCCUGAAACGAAUGCGAGCAAGACAAGUAGGGAGGCUGUUGAGAGGUUGGCUGCUAAGGAGGGACUCACCAUUCGACAGCUCGCGCAACGGUAUGGAGGUUACUCUGGGUUGGCGUUUCUGGGCUCACCCAGUGGUAUUGCGGAUGAAAUGGAGGCUUGGCUGCGGGAACAGGCUUCCGAUGGUUUUACAUGCGUGUUUCCAUUCUUGCCUCAGGGAUUGGAGGAAGUCACAGACAAGUUAAUUCCGGAGCUGCAGAGACGAGGUUUAUUCCGUCAAGACUACACCGGUUCGACACUACGAGAGCAUUUUGGUCUGGAAAGACCGGAGAAUCGCUUUUUUAGCAAGGGGCAAUGA